AUGUCAAGUGGUGCUUCAGGUUUACCAACCGGUGCCGUCAUCAACUGUGCUGAUAACAGUGGUGCUAGAAACUUAUAUAUCUUAGCCGUUAAAGGUUGUGGUGCUAGAUUAAACAGAUUACCAGCUGCUGCUGUUGGUGAUAUGGUUAUGGCCACUGUUAAAAAAGGUAAACCAGAAUUAAGAAAGAAAGUUAUGCCAGCUAUUGUUGUCCGUCAAGCUAAAUCAUGGAGAAGAAAAGAUGGUAUUUUCUUAUACUUCGAAGAUAAUGCUGGUGUUAUUGUCAAUCCAAAAGGUGAAAUGAAAGGUUCAGCUAUCACUGGUCCAGUCGGUAAAGAAUGUGCUGAUUUAUGGCCACGUAUUGCCUCAAACUCUGGUGUUGUUGUUUAA